GCACAGCAAGCGGGGUGUCUAGGGCCUGUGAACUUAAACAUUAAGAAAGUUGCUUUAACAAUAUUCUAUAUACCAAGACCAAUAUUCGUAUUGAAAAAGUGCAGACCAAGCAGUUACCAACAACGAAGUGGCGUCGCGAGAGGCGUGCUCGUCUUUCCGGACCUCCUGCGCCGGCGGCGACUCCUUCGCCAACCACUUGGCACACCCCAUCUCCGCAGAACCCUCAUAUUCAGCGUCCAGAACAGCAAGAACGAUUUCCAUUAUCCCCAGGAGGCAAAUCUCCAUACGGCGAUUAUUCGGACCAUAGUCGCGAACCUUCUGAACAUCUAAGCGACGAUUCAUUAUCGAUGAUGGACCGGGAAUUGCUUCAUCAAAAAAGCGACAGAUCGCCUGAAUGUGAAACAGUUCCAAUCCCUGUGAUAGCCGAUCAUCAGACGCAUGGGAACGAGGACAAUUCGCAGUACGCACGAAUAAGUAUUGUGAAUAUACGAGAGCAUCCAGAAUUAAUUAGGCAGCAUCCACAGCUUUUGAGAGAGCACCCUGAACUUCUAAGAGACUGCCCCGAACUUGUCAAGUUUUACCCUGAACUGAUCAGGGAAUAUCCUGAACUCAUUAGACAUUAUCCUGAAUUGAUUCGGGACUAUCCAGAAUUAUUGAGAGAGCAGCCUGAAUUAGUUAGACAUUACCCAGAACUAAUAAGGGAGCAUCCGGAUCUAUUAAGAUAUUAUCCUGAGUUAUUACGACAUUAUCCUGAAUUGAUACGGGAUAAUCCUGAACUAAUCAAACUUUAUCCUGAAUUAAUAAGAGAGAAUCCAGAACUGAUAAAAUAUUACCCUGAAUUAAUUAGAGAAUAUCCAGAAAUAUUAAGUCGCUAUCCUGAUCUGAUGCGGGAACAUCCAGGUCUGGUACGCCAUUAUUCAGAUAUUAUAAGAGAACAUCCGGAAUUGAUAAGACACUAUGCUGAAUUAAUUCGGGACCAGCCGGAACUGAUCAAGCAUUACCCCGAAUUAGUAAAGGAUAAUCCUCAACUUUUGAAGUACUAUCCUGAACUAAUCCGGAGAAAUCCGGAACUUAUUAGGUAUUAUCCAGAACUGAGCAGACAGCAUCCGGAUACAAUGCGAGAAUAUCCAGAAAUUUCGAGGGAACAAACUGCUCUUUUACGUGACAAUCCUGAAUUAAUGCGCGAGCAUCCCAUCGAACUCAGCAGACGCCAAGCGGAACGUGAAAGACAAUUGUUUGAACGGGAACGAUUUCGUUUACACGGGAGGCAUUCGAUAGAUUUGGAAAGACAUAGACUCGAUGUGCCUGUGGAUCAAAUAGCUCGAGAACAUGCUGAACUUGCGGCUCGGCACUCGGAUUUGGCACGCGAUCUGCAGGAGCGAGCACGUGUGCAUCACGAUUACAUUCGCCUACCAUCGACAGCAACGCAUGAUCAACUUUUGCUUGAAUCGCAGUACGAUAGACCAUUUGCUGCUGCCGCCGCCGCUCAUCGCUCGUAUGUUUUACCGCCCGCCAUAACAUCGCCGCAACUUGAGUCCGAAACGCCUCUCGACAUGACGGUGCCCCGUGUCAACCGCGGCUCUCCACCCUCUUACUCGCAAGCCGUUGCUAAUAAUGCACUCCAUAGACCAUCUGUCAUCACACAUUCCGCCACAAGGUCAUUAUCAAUGUGCGAUCCAAUAAUCGAAGAACACUUCAGGCGUUCUUUGGGAAGCGAUUACGAGCAAUACCUGAUGGGUCCACAAGCGGCACGUGGAAGUCAGCUGUCAAACAACGGCAUGUCGUCAUCCCAUAGACCAUCAGCCAGCAAUCUGCAGCGCAGCAAAACCAUAUCCUCUUAUCCAUUAGGUAAGGUAAAAUACUGCUCCGAGGCACCUCGUCGAAGUAGCGCAUCGAGCGCCGUAGGUUCUCCUUCCCCAGCGCCUCCGCCGCAUUACCCUGCAGGGGCGGCGACUGCCACCGCCGAAGAGAGACCCAUGUCGGAGCCCGCAGAUCCGAGACCUUCUCUUCUAUUACGCGACUCAUCUCUUUCAGUAGACGAUCAUUUCGCUAAAGCUCUCGGAGACACAUGGCUCAAAAUCAAAGAAGGUCAAGUUGUUCCGACCACCACUGCCGCAGGUUUGAUUGCGCCAGCAGUUGAUAUUGCUGCUCAUAAAUGAUGGUUUGUAGAAAGUUCUAAAGUGAACUUUGAUUUGAACGGUAAUAUGUAGCAUACUCGUAUUUAUGAUAUGUAAUUAUUCAUUUUCGAAUAUCACACAUUAAACAUACAUCGAUAAAGUACUGAAAAUCAAAUUUGAUCAAAACGUACGAAAUUAUAAAUAAACACCUGGUUCGAAUCAACUCAAAUAUGGUAAUAUUAAAGCUAAGACAUAAAAAACCCAUCGAUGUAUUUAUUUAG